AGUACAAAUAAAUAACUACGUACAAAUUUCUAUAUUUUAGGUAUUUACAAAUAAUUCAAGAACAUGACGGGCACCGCGAGCGAGGUGAAAUUCAACGAAUUUUACACCGAGGUGAAAGAAAUAGAGAAACGCGACUCUGUCCUAACUCCCAAGCAACAGAUCGAGCGGUUGUUGAGGCCCGGAUCGACCUACAGAAACUUGAAUCCUUUCGAUGUAUUACAGGUAGAACCCGAUACAUCGCUCGAAGAGAUGAAGAAGAAAUACAGGAGGCUGUCUAUUUUGGUACAUCCGGAUAAGAACCAGGACGAUCCCGACAGGGCCCAGCAGGCUUUCGAGGCGGUGAAUAAGGCCUGGAAGACGUUGGAGAACGAGGAGACGAGGAAGAAGUGUCUCGAUACCAUCGAGGAAGCCGUCGGGCGCACGGAUCUGAUGCUUGCAGAGAAAAGAAAGAAAGCUAAAAAAGAAGGGAGAGAUGGCAUUCCGGAGGACGAUCCCGCCAAAUAUAAACAUGCCAUUUAUGUCCUCACAAUGAAACUGUUUGCAGAUAUGGAACGGAAACGUAGGGAGUUGGCCGGACGGGACCAAGAGGAGAGGAAGAGGAAGCGCGAGGCCGAGAUAGAGGAGGAGGAGAACGCCAAGGAGCAGAAGGAGUGGCAGAAGAACUUUGAGGAAUCCCGUCAGAACAGAGUGGAGAGCUGGCAGUCCUUCCAGGCGAACAUGAAGAGCAAAGAGAAAAAGUCGAGCAAGAAGGUGAAAUUGUUCAGGCCGCCCAAGAACAAGCCCGAGUCCAGAUAGGACGCGGCGCCCAACGAAUCGACCGUUGGCGAGUUUACUCGGAAGCAAUCUUUUUCUUUGAUCAGGAAUUGAGUUUCUGUUCCUGCGUUCGAAGGACUACGUCGUAUUUCGAUGUUGGAUGAUUAGUGUACUUUUUAUUUUGAAUGUAAAUUAACGUUAUUUGACUUUUUCACUUUGCAGGAACAGGCUUAAGUUUUUGGACAGGGCAUAAUUUUGAAUAGGGGUCAUGUUUACGUGUUGACUAUUUUUCACGCUGAAAUUUAUUGAUCAAGACACAUAAACACAUCGUACUGUAUUUUUUUUCGAAAAACUCAAUUUUUGCAGAAACUAUCAAAUAUUUUGCAAUUUUCCGUAAAAAAAUCUUUUUUUGUGUUGUGAUAUCACAUCAGGCAUAUUAUUUUUGUUUUAAUUUUAUGAAACGGCAAAAGUAAUUGUUUUGAACCAAAAAUUAGUUUUUUCGGUCCACAAUGUUUACAUUCAAUCAAGUUUGUCGCUGCCCAGUGACGGUGUAGACAAGAUUUUAGACGUACCUUAAUUGUUUUGAAUAGUUUUCUGGGGAACACCUACUAUUAUCUCUAAAAAAAUUUACCCCUCCUUAGAGUUACACCCUGCAUAGUGAUGGAAUAAUAAUAGUUCAAAUCUAGUAACCAGAUCCCUCCCGCGAAGUUAAUUAUUAGCGUACUUUUACAUUUUCUGCGUCUCGGCCUAGGCAUUUUUUUGGGAGACGGAAGACGCAAAUGUAAUUUUUUUAAAUAUAUUGUUUGUUAUGUCUCAUAAGAAAAUUGUACCAGUAAUUAAGAAUUUUGUAAAUAGGCUCCGAUCGCAACUUUUUAUUUAUUUAAGAUUUUAACAAUAUCGUGUUUCUUUAAUUAAUUUUUUAGUCCAUUUUUGGGAAUAUUUUGUACGGUGUAAGUUUUUGGAAAAUUGCAGAGAAAUGUGUUUUUUUUUUAUUCAAGUUUUGGGGUUGUUAAAAAAAAAUGACUUGUCCAUAUGCCAAAAACUUCCACUAUUAUUUUAUUAUUAUUAUUUUUUAUAUAAUUACCAUUAAAUUAUUUAAAUAAAUUAUAUAUUUCUAUA